UUCUUGUUUUUAAAUAGAAGCACUGCAUCCGUAUGACCCGGAGAAUAAAAGACGAAAGUACGCGUGUUUCUGUGGUCAUGGGACGGGGCCGGUUUUACACAGGGAGAAAAAUAACGCAAUUUAAAUAAAGUCGCAGUGGGGAAAACGAAAAGGUGAAUUCAAAGGAGAGAGCGCCUGGCGGCUCCCGGCCGGCACACCCAGCGCUGACACGCCCCCUAGCGCCAGACUGCGGUGCGUUCGUCUGGAGAGACUGGCUGGACGAAGCUGUACUGCAGAAAAGUCGCAAAGGCAUCUAAAUUAGGAGUAACAUGACGUCAAAUAACAUCCAACCAGCUGAGGAGGACAGCCCUUCCCUGUUCCCCUCUGCCCUCUCUGUGUCCCCAGAACUAAGAUUAGUGCUGCUGGGCCUGUCAGGCUCAGGGAAAAGCUCGGCAGGAAACAUCAUCCUCGGCAAGGAGGAAUUCCUUUCCCUAAACAACAGCAGGACAGCCGUCACUCAGGAAUGUGAGAUUAAAGCAGCCACAGUGGCUGGUAGACAGGUUUCUGUGGUUGACACACCAGACUGGUUCUUCUCAGAGCGCCCCCUAGAGGAUGUCCAGGAUCAGAUAUCCACCUGCAAGUUGCUAUCGUCUCCAGGGCCCCACGCCAUCCUCCUCUGCGUGCCCGUGGACCGCCCAGUGGUCACGGAGCUGCAGGCGCUGGAGGCCAUCGCUCACGCCUUCGGCGACGGCGCGGUAGAGAGUCACACACUGGUGCUUUUCACUCACGGUGACAGGCUGGGCACGCGCGAGGCAGUGGAGGAGCAUAUCGUCUCCCGCCGCGAAGACCUGCUUGCGGUAACAGAGCGCUGCGGCGGCCGGCACCACCUGCUGGAGAGAGGGGGCGAGGCCGGGGAGGGAAGCGUACGCGAGCUGCUGGAAAAGAUAGAGGACAUGGUGAGGAAGGCUGGGGGGACGUUUUUCCCCUGGCCCCCCUCUCAGGAGACGAAAGCGCAGGGGGAGGAGGAGAAGACGGUGAGAAUGAGAGGAGGCAAAAAGGAGGAACUUGAGGCGAAGACAGAGGAAGGCGACGGCGAAGAGGAGGAGUGGGUGAAAUCCAGCGAAAAAGAUGAGGAAAGUGGGGAUGAGAUCUCUCCGUCCGCCGUGGCUUCCCGCGACGUGUCGUUCAUCCGCUUCCUCUGGGAGACGCUGCUCGGGUUCCUGAAGAGCAUCCCAGGGCUGGUGAGGAGAGAAGCUCUGCUAGGAGGACUGGUCGGGCUUUUCGUGGGGGGGCCCUUUGGCUCCGUGCUGGGGACCACGGUGGGCACCGUGGCAACGGAGGUUGGAAAGCGCAAGAACUCCAAACAAAAAUGAUUCUCGUCCCAGGAAUCACAGGUUAAAAGCAGGCUCAUGUAGAGUUGUCUGUCUGUGUGUUUUUUUUUUUCUUUCAGUUAUUCGAACGAAUUAUUCCACACGAGCAAAUGUCUGAAGUGUGACCAGUGCUACCAGGCUGCUAAAAAAAUGUGUUUGCAUAUAUGACCUAUAAUAUACGAGAGAUUAAAGUAUUUUAAAAGCCA